AUGAGCUUAUUACGAGAGGAAAGUGACGAUUCGGGUGAAGAAGAUGAUCACGAUCCAGCCACGUUCCUAGUCUCAUCAAGCAACAAUAACAAUCUGGAUGUGUCCCAAAAUCACAUUGCUUUUGGAUUGGGAGGACAGCAGCAGCAGAGAGGCCAACUAUUAUUGUCAACUUCUGCUCAAAAGAAUUCCAGCAUACAUUCUACAAUGACCAGCACGGGCAGCAACCUGGGCACUUAUCAGCCUCCUGACUUGAGUGCAUUGGAAUCAGGUGAAGAUGAUGACGACGACGACCAGGAUGAUGAUGAUCAUAAUAGUCAGAUUCGACAGCCUGGAUCUGCAAUCAUUGCUGCAGAUCCACCAUUUGCUAGGACACUACAAAGUAGCUUGGACGGACUACCUGCUCAAUGGCCCAGUACACAUACGGCAUCCGUUAUCGCAACAAACCCAUAUACUACCACCGCAACUGCUACUGCAAUCCUCUCGCACCAGCAGCAGCAACAGAUGCCGAUGAAUACAAACACUGUACCGUCAUCGUCAUCAUCUGCCACGACACAAUCCGCACAGUACCAAAAGUCAGGCUAUCAGCCUCCAAAGCUAUAUGACGACGACGAAGACGAAGACGACGACCACGGUGACAACCACGAUGAUCUAGAUCCAUCUGAUGACGGAUCUGUAUCGCCAUCCAUCAUGAUUGAAAUGGAACCAUUUGUGAAGAACAAGGAGGCUGAACGUGACUUGUCAAAGCACAAUAAUAAUAAUAAUAAUGACAGCAGUACCAAUAGUAAACGUGGUCGAGGACCAAAGUCACGGCAUCGUACUAGUGCUGAUCAUAAUAAUGCUGUGGGGAGAUCAUCGAUGGAUGAGGCUACUCAGGGUGCUUAUAAUGCUAAACAACGGGCUCAACGAAUAUGGACUAGUCAGAAGAAUCUGGAUGUCUUUUUGAAACGAGUUGCGUGUUUGAUCUAUGAUUAUUACAUUUCAAAGGGCGUAACCUGUAUAUUUCUUGCCAGGAUGACGAAUCUAAUAAUCGCUGCAUUCAUCGUUGGAUUCUCCACCUUUCUAUUCUAUUGUGUCGACCACUCGUUGAUACCAAAGAGUCACAGGAUGUCAGAGGUGCUGAAGGAUCAAUGCAUGUCAAGCCUGCCAGUAUUCACCAGCAUGUUUCUCUUCUUUUUCGUGAUUUGGUGGAUAUGGAUGCUGUGCAAGAUUAUGUUUGAAUUGCCAGCUCUGCUCGAGAUGCAGCAAUUCUUCAUUCAUGUCCUCGAGAUAUCUGAUAGAGAUCUACAACUUAUGCAGUGGCAAGACGUAGUCCCUCGCAUCGUCCGCUUGAAAACUCUACCAGGCUUCAACCCAAACCGCAUCCCAGCCAUAGAUCGACUCGACGCUCAUGCUCUCGCAAACCGUAUCUUCCGUGUCGACAACUAUAUGAUUGCCAUGUACAACAAGGAUAUCUUGGAUUUGUCGGUCCCGUUCCCAUUCCCGGUCCCGUAUAUCGGCAAACGACAGUUUUCGACCAAGAUUAUGGAAUGGAAUUUGAAUUAUUGUAUAUGGACUUGGGCUUUUGAUGAACGUGGUGCUAUACGGAAGAGGUUCUUGAGGGAUGUCAACAGGGCCAAGCUUGUAAAUGAAUUGAAGAGGAGGUUCGCCUAUGCUGCUCUUUUCAACCUCUUGAUUGGACCAUUUCUUUUCAUGUUUAUGAUUAUGCACUACUUUUUCAGAUACACUGAGGAAUACCAAAAGAACCCUGGCACAUUGACUACGCGUUCCUUCUCGCCUUUUGCUACAUGGAAGAUGAGAGAAUUCAACGAACCUCCUCAUCUCCUACAAGAGCGUUUGGCUGCAUCCUUCAAGACUGCCAUGAAGUAUAUGAACUCGUUUCCGAAAGAGUACAUUAUCAUCUCUGCACGAUUUGUGGGAUUCAUAGCUGGCUCAUUUGCAGCAGUAUUAGCAGCCUUGGCUCUACUGGACGAAGACUUUUUACUCGAGUUUCAGAUAACAGAAGGACAAACAGUCCUGUUCUAUAUUGGUGUCUUUGGUGGUAUUGCUGCGGUAGCUCGUGGAAUGAUUCCUGAAGAAUCGCAUGCAGCUUCACCCGAACCACUCUUUCGAGAGGUGGUUGAGUAUACACAUUACCUGCCUAAUGAGUGGAGGGGGAAGUUGCAUACUGAGGCGAUCAAGAACGAGUUUGGAGUCUUGUUUGAAUACAAGAUUGUGCUCUUCAUUCAUGAGAUACUGUCGGUGCUCUUUGCGCCCUUCAUUCUGUUCUUCUCAUUGCCUGCUUGUGCUGAGGGCAUUGUGGACUUUUUCAGAGAAUUCUCUGUGACGGUGGAUGCAUUAGGAAAUGUCUGCUCUUUCGCAGUGUUUGAUUUCAAGAGGCAUGGGAAUGUUAAGUAUGGAGCACCAUCAGAAAUGAGCAAUGAAUACUAUUUGUCAAAGGAAGGCAAAAUGGAGCAAUCUUUCUUGAAUUUUAAGGCCAACAAUCCAGAUUGGGAACCAAACACCGAUGGUUCCCAAUUCAUCGCCAACAUUGUAAAUAGACGUAACGAGUUGUCCGCUAGUAUGGCGAGACCACCUCUGGUACCGAAUCCUGGUAUCUUGCAUGAUGGAUUUGGAGGUGCUAGUACUAUGGGAUUGCCAAGAGCUUUUGGGUCUCCCCCUCGACUUCGUCGACCAUCACAUGUAAAAUUCGACAACCAAUCUUCCACUAGGCCAGGACCAGCCAACAUAUCGCCCAUGUCUAUACCGCAAUCCUCAUCAUCUCCCAACCACAAUAACAAUUACACUUCACCAAACAAUAACAACACACCACUAUCACAUCUCAGCUAUCCAAUGUAUACACCACCACAACAGCCACAACAACAGUAUGGUGGUCCAUCAGCAAUAGGAAUGUCAUACAUGGCUCAAUCCAUGUUUGCGUCAGAAAUGUCUGAUGGCAGACAAAAUAACGCUGCGUUUGGACUGUUUGGGUUGUUGGAGGCUGCUUAUGAGGCUAAUAGGACCUUGAAUCCACAAUUGUUUGCUGUAUGGAUAAUCGUCCCUGUAUUGACAAUCUUGGCAAUUGCUGGUGUGGCAUUAUUAUCAGCAUCAACCCAUGUAAACAGCAGCAAACGGACAGGCAAGAGUAUCAAACCAUCAGGCCAAAUGGAAGCUGUUACAGCUAUUUCGGACAAGGAUGAUGGACUGCCGAAUGAGCUAUGGGACAUUAUUCUAUCAAAGGCAUCUGUUAAAUCUCUCAGCAGACUCUCAAGGACCUGUAAAGAAAUGAACUCAAUCGCCGUCAAGUACUUGUAUCAGAAUCUGCCCCACGAGGAUUUCUAUACCUGUCUCUCGCGCCAUCGGUAUCCGAAAUCCGAGGAAUCCUGCAUUUUACUCAUGCUCAGGAAUCGAACGUCGAAACCCAACUCGUAUCAUCAAGACGUAUUCAAACAUGUUCGCAGUGUGAACAUGUAUAAGCUGUCUUUGCAUAUCUCGCGUGUCUUUGAAAAGGAAUAUCUCAAAGGUCGCAUCGACAAGGCUACAGAACGUAUUAUCCAAAUUGCUAUUGACUUGAUAAAAAAAUGCUAUCUAGCCACUGAUAUUGAAUGGGACAAGGAAUCGAUGCAUCGUACCCUACGCUACUACCCUUGUACAAUCAACUCACUGUAUUUGGACGACGCUAUAUUCGACCUGCCUGACUUUGCAGAGUUUAUGGCGAAGUCUCCUGCCAUCAAGCACCUAAGAUACAAUGGUGAAUCCCAUGGAUGUGCAGCAGCAGCAAGGUUUAUCAAGACGCAGCGGCUUGAAACCGUAUCUGUAGAGUCUGAUUAUAAGGAUAGUGGACCCACCUUGAUGGCCUUGGAGCACAGCAGCUCCCUCACUCUAACCGAAUUGACAUUAAAACAUCUAGAAGUAGACCAACCACACGAUAUUCGCCUUGUUAAGUAUAGGAAUUUGACCAAGUUGGAGUUGGAUCAUGUCCAGUUGUAUCCUACGUUCUUUACAGGAUUUGAAAGCACAACGGGCAAGCUCAAGACCCUGGAAUUGUCUUGUAUUGGAGACUUUAAUCCAUCCGAUAUUUGCAGUAUAAUCGAAGCCAGUCAUAAAACAGUCGAAAUCAUUUCGCUCACCCAUCCUGGCGCCGAACGAUUUAUAAAUGACGGAGAGCCUCUCCCUCCACAAGAUCAGACCGUAUAUAUGGAUCGCUCCAUAUUUCAGCACGACUUUGCCCGUUUGAAUACAGUAAAUAUGUCUGUAGGAGACGCCAAUCGUGGAGACUUUUGUAAUUUCGUGACGACUAGAGGCUACCAGCUCAAGGAUCUUCGUCUAUCUGAAUAUACGGAAGGCAAUACGUUCGAUGUUGAAGUUAUUAUAGAGCACUGUCAAAAUCUUAAAAAUCUGGAUCUUGAUAAUUUCGACCUUCCCAGUGAAAUCGUGGAAGCUCUAGUACGUAGAUUGACCUGUCUGAGGUCAUUGGUGUUAGAUCCCAAGAGUAGAAGUAUAUCAGCAAAUGCCAUUUUACAGGGAGCAGAAGCUCGUGCUAGAUCAUCCAGUCAACUACGUCUCGACUGUCGUCAUGGUGCUUUCAAUGUCAGUGGUGAGCUAAUCGAAUGGAUGAAGCCCAUUCAGAAAGGGGAGAGGUUUUCGAGGCUGGUGGAUAAAUUCAAGGAGAUUUUGGAAGGGAAUAACGUGGAGUGGUAUGGGGAUGAAUACAAUGUCUUCAAGGACAUGGACAAUAAUAAACUCAUCGUGCACUCAGAGUUUGACGACGAGGACUGGGGAGAAAUCGAACCCUCCGUGUAA